AUGACAUGUGAAAGUUCAAGUGAUUACUGCUACAACGCUACAGCUGACGUAACUCAACUGAACGAAGUGACAAUGGCUGGAACGUCGAAAAUGACAUGUGAAAGUUCAAGUGAUUACUGCUACAACGCUACAGCUGACAACCUCACACUCUUUGAGAAGGCGAAACAACGAGCCAAAGACCUGCUCAAAGUCAUCGGGUAA